GAGGACACCAAUGUACACAAAUGGAUUUUUGCAGAAAAGAAAGCGCUGUUAUGACUUAUUUAUGUCCUUCGAAGACUGAAAUAACUGUUCCAAUUGCCAAUUAGAUUUUCAGACAAUGGAUAGCGAAACAGACAUUGAAGAUGACUCAUGGUUAGAGUCAGAGAUUCAAAAGGAACUGGAUGCAGUGAAUCUAAAUGAUGCUGAUCUUAAAGGUGGAGAAGAAGAUGAAGAAACCAAGGAUGUAGGAGAUGAUAAUCGUGAUGAUGAUGAUGACAUCGUCAUUGGUGGAAAAUUGCCGGAUGACAUAUCACCAACCAUGCAGGACUACCUCCAGCGGUACCAGGGCCAGACAUCUUUUGUUGAACAAGAAUUGUUGGAUUGUGAUACUUUGAUCUCCCAAAUGGAACAAAAAAUUGGAGCUGUAAAUACGUCUUCCCCAGAUGAUUACCUUCUGAAUGCUGCCAAGGAAAAAGGAGAAGAUCCAGUCAAGAUGAGAAAGGAGAUUUUGGAGCGGCUUGAUCAGGAAGAUGAAGAAGAACUGUUAAAAGCUGUUAAGGAAGCGGAUGAAGAGGCGGCUACUGAUGAUGUUGAAGAGUCUGCAUUUAUGACUGAAACUGGAGAUCUUGUGCCAUCAAAGCCUACUGAGACAGGGGAAUCACUUGCACCCAGUGACGGUGUGAUGGUAGUUUUCACAGAAGCAGACGUCCUUGAGAGGGAAUUCCACCAACAGAUGCAGCGAUGGCUGAAUAAACAACAGAAAAAAGAGCUCGAUCGCAAAUCCGAGUCUGACAAACGUUUGGAAGAAUUUCGUAUCCGGAUUAAAGAAAGUGAAGAAAAGAGGAUGCAGACAUUGGGAAAAUUAGAUGAAGAGGGAAAGAAAUUGACAGAACAGCGGAAGGCUGAGGAAGCCAGAUUCCGACAACUAGCUGAUGCCCAAAAGCAGAGAUUCAAACAGUCAUUUGUCAACUUCGAAGCCCAGAUUGAGGCUCUCUCUGGGGAAGUCCAAAAGGAGCAAGAGCUGCAUAGCCAAUUGAAGAGGGAGGCUGAAGAGAGAAUAGAACAGCAAAGACAAAAAGCUGCAGUCAAGAUACAGGCUUGCUUUAGAAGAUUCCGGGUAUUGAAGGAACAUGGUCCGACUGUGCGGAAUUGGAUUGCUCAGAGACGGGAGGAGAUUAUGGCUGAGAAGUUAAUGAAAGCUGAAGUCAGCAUCAGGAAAAGGAAAGAAAUGGAGAAAAUCGAAGAACAAGCGGAACAGGAGAAGGAGGGAGAAAGAAUACUGAGACAGGCUGCAGAGAAGAAAGCAAAAGAGGAAGAAGAUAGAAAGAGAAAGGCAGAACUUGAAGAGAAGAGAUUGAAAGAGGAAAAUGAAAAGAAGAGACUUGAAGAAGAGAAGAAGGCCAAGGAAGAGGAAGAAAGACAGAGGAAAGAAGCUGAGAGGCUGAAGAUGGUAGAACAAAAAAGAUUAAAAGAGGAGGACGAAAAAAAUAAACGUGAGGAGGAGAAGAGAAGAAAAGAGGAGGAGAAAAAGCAGAAAGAUGAAGAAAAAAGGAGGAAAGCUGAAGAAAUGAAGUUAAAGAAGGAAGAAGAAAAGUUGAAGAAGGAGGAAGAGAAACGAAAACGCGAGGAAGAGAAAAGACUGAAAGAAGAAGAGAAGAGGAAAGCAGAAGAAGAGAAAAGGGCACAGGAAGAGGAACAGAGGAAGAGGGUAGAGGCUGAGAAGUUAGCUCAAGAAGAAGAAAUGAAGAAAGAGGCUGAACGGUUGGCAAAAGAGGCUGAAGAGAAAAGGAAAGAAGCUGAAAAGAAAAUGGAGGAAAUAAUGCAAAGUGAGCAGACAACAGCUCUUGAAAAAGAAAAUAAUGUGAAGGAUCCAGACAAGACAGAACUUAGUAAUGAUAUUGAUGAAAAGAUAUUGAAAGAGAGAGAACGAAAGCAAGAAGAAUUGAAAGAGAAUGAACGAAAGAAGGAGGAACUUAGGAGGCUGGCUGAGGAGGAGAGGAAAGAGAAGUUGGCUACGAUGAAGAAGAAGAGAGACGAGAUGAUGGAAGAGCCGUCUGCUCCUGCUGGACCCAAAUUGGAAGAGUUACUGCAGCAGAAGAGGCUGGAGUGGAUGCAGACUUGCACUCCUUGGAGUAAAAUCUCCAUGGAAAUGAAGAGCAGACGCACCCCUGUCUCAAAGAGGCCAUCCCGCCGUCCGUCCUCUGCAAAGAAUCUCCAGAAUCUGCCAGAAAAUGUGGUACUGACUGCUGCCGAAGUCAAGAGCCUGAAUGACGUCACAACUGUUGAACUCUGCGAUCUACCUGGAUAUAAUGUGACACCAUUAGGUGGCUGUCAGAAUCUACAGCAUCUCUCAAUGACCAACUGUAAUCUGGUGACAUUAGAUGGUUUGUCCGCUUGCAGUAGUUUGGCUGUCCUUGAGUGUCAGAACAACAAGAUUGAGAUGAUCAACCUCGCCAAGCUCGAGUCUCUCCUGUAUGUGGACUUAUCAAAUAACAACAUGACUUCUAUCCACGGCAUCGACGGCUGCAAGAAUAUCAGAUACCUGAACCUCUCCAAGAACAGGAUCACAAGAAUAAGUUCCAUUGGCCACUGCCCGCAGCUCCAUACGCUUAUCUUGUCACAUAAUCAACUGAUCCGGACCCAGAAUCUAAACGAGGCUCCGACCAUCCAAGUCCUUGAUCUAUCCCAUAAUAAUCUACAAGCCUUGGACGACCUUUCAAAGAUGGGCAUGCUGAGGAGAUUAGAUGCUUCUUCAAAUAAUAUUCUUCAGUUUCCUAGUCUGACGAAUCAGGUGCUACUCGAAGAGUUACUGCUGGAUGACAACAGUAUUGGUUCCCUUGGUAACCUUGCUGCAUGUUGGUUGCCAUUACUUCACCAGCUGUCCAUUAAUCAGAAUAGUCUCACGAGUUUGGAGGAUGUCGGUGGAUGCUUGCUCCUAAAAGAGUUGAAUAUUGGAAACAAUCAAAUCACUGAUUUGAAUUGUGUCCUAAAAGCUUUUCCUUCACUGCCGAGACUGGAACAUAUUUGGUUGAAUGGGAAUCCAUUCACAGAACUUAACAAACAAUUUAAAACCAAAGUCAUAUCGGAGUUGCUCAGUCUGCAAUUUAUCGACGGUGAGAAAGUUCCAGAUAGGGGAAACAUUUCUCAGGAAAAGCCGUCUUCUUAUGAAACCAUGUGUCUUCAACAAUAUCAAGUCAACCAAGGCCUAUGGGAGAAUUACCAAAAACAUGUUGGGUCUGUGGUUGUGGACGGUUCACUUGUCAUCAUUGGUCUGCAUCAGGAUUAUUUUGACAAAAGUAACAAAAUUCUCACGGAUCAUCGCUAUUGUCAUGAAUACGGAGAAAUAAAAACAGACUCUUUGGGUAUCCUGGACCAGUUGAACAAACAGACUGUUAAAACUGACUUCAAUCAUGAUUCCUCCAGAAAAGACUUGAAGCAGACAUCAAGGGAAUCAGAUGUAGUGUCAGUGUGUUCAAAUUCUUCUCGAAAAUCAGUUGAUAAGUCCAAAUUAGACCUUCGUUCUGAAUCCGGAGCAAAUCUCAUGGACUCUAAAGCAAGAUUUGAUGCCUUGCUUGGUGCUAAUACCACUGUGAAAACAUCAGACAAUUCAAGAAAGAGUCCUGCCCAGAAUGGUACUGAAAUAAGUCAUGUGGACCCCAGAUCAAAGUUUGAGGAGGCCCUAAUUGGAGCAGGAAUGGCUAAGAACAUUUCAAAUUCUGUGCCGAAGUCCCAAACUCGUACCUCGGAAUCCAAUGCUAGCUUUAGUGAUUCAAAAUCUAAGUUUGAUGCCAUGUUGCAAGCUCAAAAGCCAAGGAGUGACAGGAUUGGAGGAAAUAAAGCGUCUGCUUCAACAUCUCAAGGUGUUGUUCAGAAUGCCCUUGAGAAAGCCAGGUUACACAAUGCAGCCACAAAGAUCCAGGCUCUUUGGCGGGGAUACUAUCUGAGGAAACAGAUCCAGAAUGCGUACCAGUAUGCUAGGAUGAAUGGGCAAGAGGAAGAUGACAUGUUUGGAGAAGAGGUCGACUUGUCUGCUUUUGAUAUGAACGAGGAUGACUUGGAUAAAGACUGGAUGCCAUCAGAGGUUCCCGUGAUCCCUAUGAAUAAUAUAGCUAUUGGGUCCAGUCAUGCCAUCCUGAAAUCAGCCAACCCAUCAAGUGACAUCCUUCCACAUCCACCAGCCGCCCCUAAGCACGCUUGGAAGGAUGGCCAGGGCUGGGGUAAACCUCCCCUCCCUCCGUCAUCAGCCAUGAGUGGUCAGGAUACGCAGAGGACGUGGCAGUCGAGGAAAGAGGAGAAAAUAUCGGAAGAAUGGGGUUUCAAAGAUUCAAAGACCGCUGAGCUCAUGAUGCAACGUGCCAAGAAACUCAAGUACAAUGCCUUGAGGAAGAAGAAGCUGAGUCAGCUGGAUCCGAGGCAGAGGCUUGAAUUGAUGCGGAAGCUGGAGGAGACCAAUCAUAUGUCCCCAGUACAACCCCCCAAGAAACCAGCAGGCAACCGAAAGGAAUAUUUCAAAGCGAAAGAAGAUGAAGUCCGCCACAAAGAGCAUGAAAGACAAGAAGAGAUGCACAACAAGAAGGCGCGCAUGUACGAGUGGCUUCAUGAGGCCGGCCAUCCUGCAGACGAUCCGUCUAGUAGCAGUUGUACUCCUCAACCAAGUAACGGCAAUACAGCUCUUUUCCGUGCCAGACACCAUGGGAGUGAUGGUAAUCUCCCAAGGCUGACCCCUGAGCUCAUUGCUGGGGGACGAGUGAUGCUUACGGGUAGUCCCUCCCUUGAGCUUCAGUCUGUUGAUGGAAGUCAGGCAGAGUCAGAGAAAAUUAGAAGGUAUUCCGUCGGGGAGACACAUAAAGCUAUAAGUCAGACUCAGUUUCCAGCAAUCAAAAUAAACUCUGCUCCAACGAAGAAGCCGGAGAAAAUGUCAUGGCGGGGGCCAGAGGUUAAUAAAUCUGUUGGCUGGGGUGGAGGAAAGAAGAGACCAAGCCAUAAGAUAUGAACAAUUCUGAAGUCUAUACAUGUCCAAGUAUGACUUUUCACAAAUAAUAAGAUCAUUGGCUGUUAGAAUCUGUUGCACUUGAAGAAGUAGUGCCACAUAUGCAUUUUUCUUGUGAUCCGUCGAUACAAUACAUUCUGAUGUAAUGUGUUGAGGCCGAGGCUUGGAUGAAUAUGUUUUGGGUAGAAUAUUAGUCAUGCACUGUGUGCAUUUGCUCCAUCCAAUGAGUCUACUGCUGUCACAUCUCAUAUUAAAUGAAGCACCCAGAGUUUGUGAGAGUCUUUGCUGCUGAAACUAGUUUUAUUGUCAGUAUGACCAUAGUUUGAGAGUGCUGUUGGAUCCACUUUUAGCAUCUUUUUCAUGUUAAUAUACAAAGAUGAAAAAUGAACUAAUUUUCUGCAAACAUCAGACAAAUGAACUUGAAUGUUAAUUCUAUCUAAAAUGCUUCCGUCCAAAGUGUUGUAUUAAUUUAUUUUCCACCGUUUCUUGUGCAUUCCUUCCAGUGUUUCUACUUAGUAUGUGCAUGUUGAUUUAUCAUAUGUAGAUCAAUUUACCGAACUGCUGUGAUGUUAUGAUUUGUUUCAAAAAUAAAAUCA